UAAGCGUUCAGCUGUAAAUUUUGUAUAGUCAACUUUCAAAUGUGAAGAGCGUAGAAAGAAGUUCUAGGCCAUUUGUAAUGCGUGUUCUCGAUGAUGAGGUGGAUGACAUUGACAAUGCAUAUGAGGAAGCUCAAGAUAGAAGCUCCCUUUCUGCUAAUAGGUUUAAUUUUAACGACCUUUAUGUUAGUGAUGAUGACGACUCUGAGAAUGAGUCAGCACUUGAAAUUCAGCCAUACUUGAUGGAAGAAACAGGAUUGGUGGAAGGAGGUUUGAUGGAGCUAACCAGUGAACAUCAGCUUGGGGUCAAGGUCUGUAGCUAUCUAGUGGAUGAUGUUUCGUCUGAUGUAGAAUUUGUGCAUAAUUUUUGUUGCAAAAUGUUUAAUUAUUCAAUUAGUAUUAUGAAUAACUAA